UGAGCACAAAAAUCAGUGGUCGGAUUUCAGUUGCCACCAAUAGUACUGGCUGGCCAAACUGGGCAUGCAGCGUGCCACAUCUUCACACUCGUACUCGUAGAGAACGAACCCUCAGAGUGAGUAGAGGUUGAGCUACGCUACGUCCUAGGCGGCUCGUGUCCUACUGAGUGAGUAGAUCUACUGUUGCCGGUUGAGCACCUGAGGCUGCGCAUCAGUUGCAGCUUCAUCAUACGCAGUACAUACGCAGUCAGCAGCUACGGACGCUGGAAGCAGGAAGUGGCAGUGAAAGGCACUACGGCCCUGAUCGCAUCCCUUACUGUCUUGUGUCCUCUAGUGGCUGUCUCUAGCUCUGUCCGUUUAUCUUCUGUUUAUUUCUAGCUGGGUUGAUUGCCUGUAACAGUGUUGCACCGUUGCGCUAUGCAAGGAUUCGCUGCACCAGUGAGCAACAUGGCCUUACCGUUACCGGACGAGAUGUAAGGGUAACGCCUGGCUUACGGUAUACCACCUAUAGUAAUCGUCCUGUUCUGGGCGCAGUCAAUGGUUGCAUCUGGCGCGCCAAAAGUCUCCUUGUAGCGGUAGUACUAGUAGGAUUAAAUUAAUCUGCCCACCUGCCACUAGCAAAGGAAGUCAGAUUGUUCUUAUUCUUCUUCGUCUUCACCAUAAUGGGCCGGCUAUUUCUGCUGAUCCUGGAUCUCCUGGCGGGCACGCUCUUGGUAGUUCUAGCACUUUCGCAAUGCCUAUCUAAAGUGCAGUAUGUCUCGUCCGAGACCGCCAGAUUCGCACAAGUGAACGGGUUUGAAAGCAUAGGCGAAGGAAUUCUGCGUGGCUCCCUGCUCAACGAUAUCCCAGACUCUGCGAGACGCACCCGACCCAGCAGUGGACGAUGCAAACCACACAAGAUCACUAGAGUCUGCAGCGAAACUCCAGUGGUGUCGAUUGGUGUCUUCCUCACGAAACAUACGCAACAUUCGCAGGUCGAUGCUAGAACUAGCGCAAAGCAGCUCAGGCGAGAGCUGUUUGCACUUCUCCGAGCAUUUCUGCUCUCCUGGAAGCUAUGGUCAGCCAGUGAACAGAACGAUGGGGACACAGAAGUCCGUUUCAAGCUGCUGAUAAUUUCUUGCGAACAUGACCUGGCCAUCAUCCGCGCCGCUCGAGGUGUGCUGUUGACCUUUGAACCCGUCUAUCGAACAGUAGAUGCCCUGGAUGUUGCAUUAGAAAUCAUCGAUUGUCUUACGGCUACGACUACCGUCGAACCCAACUCUUCAGCAACCGGAAACACCGCUAGCUGCAGCUCUGGGUCGGGAGAGUCUGCCGAAGGCCGAGCAAGUAAUGCUGCGAACCGCAAUUCCGAAAGUCUACAAGAAAUAGCAGCGCACUACAUCAGGCAGCGGUGCAUGAUUUCGCGAAGGAAUGUUCUCUUCGCGCUGGGAACUGAAUACAGAGACUUUCUGCUGCUUCUCACUUAUGCCAAGGACCACGCCAUCUUGCAGCACAGCGCCACCAUGGAUAGGUUCCCGGUUACAGAGAGCGUGAGAGUUUUGCUCACCAUUCCGAUUCAGCCGCAAAGGUCGGAAUCGAAUCCGAGGCUGAACACUGGUCAUGAUCUCAGCUCUCUAAGUUCACAGAAACCUGGCCUGACUUGGCGGCUGUGCUGGAUGUACUGUUCUAGGGUUGGUGAGGCUGGUAAUGGCGUGGAAAUGCCGGACUGCGGAAGGACAGAAGACUGCAAGGAUAGCCAUGUCGUUAGUCAACCGGAGCAAGGACGCGUAAGCUUAGCACUGAACAGCCACGACAUUGUUCUCUACUCGCUCCACAUGAAGACUUUGUCGGACCCUGGCGUGCGCGCAUGCCAGCACCUGUGGACGAGAGCCUGGAAUAUGCUGCAACGCAGCACCAUGAUCACAAUUCAAUCGGAUGCGAGAAGCUCACAAGCCGAUGUGGACGCCCUGGCAGAUGGCGUGGCUCUGCUUACGCAGGUCUCAACCGACCGUCUGCACAACUUAGAGACGCUGUGCGAGAGGUGGCCAGGUCCUAUCGACCUUGCCAUACACGUUCAGGACCAGAAGAGCUGGCAGUUGACCAAAGAAACAGUGCGAUCAUGUUCAUGCUGGCAGCGGCUCAGAGCACACUUAGUCUACCAGAAUGCCAGUGCAGAACUUUCUUACCCGGUCAAUUUCCUACGCAACAUCGUCCUGAGCCGGAGCACUGCAGAGUUUGUGUUCAUUCUGGACUUUGACUUCAUCCCAUCGGUCGACUGCUACAGAAUGCUCCAGGAGAGGAUAAGAACUUCAGACUCAUGGGAGAGGCAAGUUCUGGUCGUGCCUGCAUUCCAGGUCCAGAUCGCUGAUGCCCCGAUGCCUAGUAAUAAGAUCGACAUGUUACACAUGCUGGCUGAUGGAACGGCCAUGCAGUUUCACGGUGACAAGUUUCCACCAGCCCACCAACCUACAAACAUCGGGAAAUGGAAAUCUGCCGCACAGCUGUACCCGGUCCAGUGGCAGCUGCACUACGAGCCUUACAUACUGGCAAAAAGGACCGCCCUGCCAAACUACGACAUGUUCAUGCCAGCACGCUUUGGCAACAAGGCAUCCCACAUCAUGCACAUGGAUGCGCUGGGCUUUCAGUUCUACGUGCAUCCACAUGCGUUCGUUGUUCAUAGGUCCCACGUCCCGGCCUGUCAAACGCGCCGACUAACGGGCUGCGUAAGGCGACUGCAGCAGGAUUUUGUGACAUUUCUGGAAGAGGUGUGCUCACCUUGCGCAAAGAACCGCUACUCUGGAUUCAACAUGACCUACUCGAAGUUUAUGCAGCAAACAGGCAAACUAUCUAGCUAUGUAUGAUAUUAUGACUAUGAAAGCCGGUGUCGGAAUUUGCGAGGUUGAAAGCAUGCAGUCAAAUAGUGUCUAGGUCUGAAGAAUGUGAAGAUAGUAUGGUUAUUCGCGAGGUUGACUGUACAUUGCCACUGUGUAUCCUUGUAGUUUCAUUUCCUAUUAUUAAUUUUCAUUUUCAAAAGUUGGAAAUUGGUUGUUCCAACGAGGAACACACGCUUCUUGCCGAACUUGACACUUGACUGACUCACGACUGCCAUCCGGAGCACACGAGGAGCACGUCGCACCUUCCACUCGGCAAACCUGCAAGAAAG